GAUCCUCACUCAUCGAAACCCUUGAUGCAACCCUCUCGUCACCGUGCAUUCUCAACCACAAUCUGUCUGCUUCGAAUUUUGCAUAAAAUGACCAAGGGUAAACUCCAUCGAAUUCUCUCACUUGUACAAUGGAAGGCCGCCAUUGUGCUCAAACGGAUCGUCAGAGUAAAUCAUGCUGGACUGUACCUCUAUGCACUCAAACUCAUCAAAAGUCAGAUUCCAUUUUUGGGGAAAAAAUGGCGACCUCACAAUCUUGCAAUUGUGACGCUGAUUUACCAACAUUUAAAGCCAUCGCUCAUUGAAGACUAUUUGAUUGGUGAUUUUGAAAUCAAGACUGAUGAGGCAUUGAUAAAAGAGCAACGUCUUAGAUCGCUCAUUACAUCCUUCAUGACACGAACCUAUGCACAAACAAAACCAACCAGUCCAUUGUCCACACACGUGCCCAUGCAUUCUCAUCCUGUACCCACUGAUAAAAUGCAUGAUCAACGUAUAUCCAACUCAACAACGUUUUCACACACCCAUCACCCAUCUGUAGACGAUCUUGAUCUUAUCCUACGUCUUUCUGUCAAGGGAUCGUUUGAUACAUCCAAUCCCUACCAUGCAAGUCUACUCCAUCUAAGUACAUCCAUGCUCAAAUCGCACGAUCAUUUAGAUGAUAAUUUCAUGAUGCAUUACCACGAAUGGCUAGAAAAAGAAGUGUACCACCCCAUGGCGAAUAUCAUUGACGGCGAGUUAUUUGAUGCCACCAAAGUGUGUAUUGUGGACAAAGAAGACGAUAUGCCUGAUGACAUCAAACAGCAUUUCUAUUAUGUGAUUGAAGGAAAAUAAAAACUGUA